AUGGAUCUUAUAACUCAUACUGAAACCCCCUCCGAUUGUAUAAUAGUGGAAAACGGGAUACUGCUGGCUUGGUAUCUAAAUCGAACACUUUUACUUCCCAAAGCUUUACUAGGUGAAGCAUUUGGUUGGGGCCAAUUUUCAAAGCUUUAUCUGCAACACAAUCUACGUGAUACAAACAAUAAUUAUUGUAAGCAGUUCAAAAAUAGAAAGGCUCGAAAAUUGGCCUCUUGUCCAGACCCGUCAAAAUACACCCUUGCAUCAUUUGACAAUCUAUUUGAUUUGAGUUGGGCAAAACAACAUGUCAAGAUUAUAGAGAGAGAGGAUAGCAGUUUUAAAUGGCUGGAAGAGCAUUUUAAUAUACGCAGAAGCCUUUACUCGGCAGACAAUAAUAAUGAUACAGGUGUUUACGUAGAUGGGGAUAUACUCUUUUUUAAAGAUAAUACUAGAUAUGAUUGGAGGAUAUUUGACGUUCCUGUAAAGCAUCGGUUCUUAGGCAAAUACGUUGACAGCUUAGACGUUCCUCAGUUGCGAUAUCAAAGCGAGAAAUUAAUUCAUUUUACUAGCUUAUUUGGUUCAGGCAAAUUUCCUAUCAAAUCAUCCGAAAGUGCAGACUUUUUUAGAAAGCUGCAAAGUAGUAUCACGUACAAUCAUCCUGCAGUUUUGGAGAUGACGAAUGUGGUUGUUGAUGCAUUGGGUGGGCCGGGUAAUUAUAUUGGCGUCCACCUGAGAUCAAUGGAUGGACCCUUUGUUCAAGCUCUUUCAGAUAACAUCCAACAUAUUGUCGAUAGUAUAUCAGCAAUGAAAGCAUUAUACCAAGGUUAUCAGCAGAAAAACUCCACGUACACACUUUUUGAAUGCGUGGCAAUGGCGCAGAACGGUGAGCUACCCUUGGUAUUUUUAGCAACCGAUGCAGUACGGCCACGAAGUAAAGUUGAUUUUAGAGAGCUUUGGCAUCACUUACCAUGUACCUUUACUUUGAACGAGAUCGUGGAACCAGAUAGUCCUGUUUGGAGUUUUAUGGACCAGUACCGUACAAUACAUACAAGACAAAGCAUGCGCAAAUUCUUAAUGCCUUUGGUAGAUGCAUUAGUGGCAAGCAGAGGUAAACAUUUUAUUGGAACCAAAGGAUCAACCUUUUCUGGAUAUAUAGGAAGACAGCAUAAAAGUUAUUGGUCCUUGACUGAAGCCAGCAUUUAG